AUGGCAAGCUCAAACUCCAGAUUACCAAUCUUCAUCGCAUCUGCCAUCGGUGCACUCGGUGCAGUCUACAUCGUCUCACCCAAGAAUGAGGUCUCGGGAAUGACCAAACCUGCCGAAGCUCCAAAGGACGGUAGAGGUCAAUCUGCUAUAGAUGGGAAGAACAGUGAUUCAUCCCCAUCCGUCAACUCACCUCAUCCUGCUCUCCGAUAUGGUGGUGCCGCACCGGGUGAUCCAAAGUCCACCACUGUAGCUGGUCAACCUGAAUCAUCUAGGAAAUCCCAUUCAGCCGAACACGAUGUCAAGACUCGAGACGAUCCUUCAGCAAGUGGCGGUGUAGGUCUAGCAGAGAUGAGGGAGAGGAAGAUGAAAGGUCAAGGAUUACCUAGUCCUCAAGGAGGUGACACACCCGCUCAACCUGUCAAAGCACAAAAGGGCUACAACGAAGGACAAGGACCUCCUCACCCUGAUGGACCGCAUGAGAAAGACAAGCAAUCUUCUAAAGGCGGUUGGUCAUCUUGGUUUGGUGGAAAGUAA